AUGCAAGGUACAACCAGUUCCGCCAAGAAAGAAAAACCCGAACAAACGCCACCGAAAUUCAAAAAAGAAGGCACGAGUUGGCGUUAUAACAAAUCACGAGCUCGCAUUGCAGAUGCCGAAACUAUUCCAACAGACCGGAUUCAACCUAUCUUUUUGAAACGUAUACGUUCAUCAAAGAGUGUUGCUACUUCUGUUUAUACAAAUGAAGUUGAUUUCGAUGAUAUUGUCAAGUUUCAAAAUCUCUCAGCAAUAUCGAAGUCGUCAAUUCCUACUAUAAUCACUGACAACUUUGCAAGACCAGCAAGAAGAAUGGAAACGUUGAAUCAAUUACAAGGACAAACGAUAUCUGCUAGUGGGAAAACCGGUAUCAAAGUACAUGAUCAUAAUUCAUCGAAUGUUCGGGAGCAAUGGCAGUCAUAUAUCUCACGAGCCGGUGGACGUCAAGUUGAUACAGACUUGAGAUCUGUAAAACAGUCGAAUUUUCGACUUCCGAUUCCAGUACGUAUGCCAUUAUAA